AAGCUGCGUGUACCAAGCUCUCUCCUGGAACCUGCCUCCAAGAUGGAUAAAUGGAAGAUCAGCAAUGGGAUUCCUCUCCCUCCUGCCCAGGUGCCUCCCAGCCGACUGCACGUGAAGCAGAAGCCAGGAUCUCCUGGGGGAGAAAAUGCUGCUGCAAAUGAUGCUGGUGCCCAUCUGGAUUUGAAGAUCCCACCCACCCAAGGGGAAGCUUCAUCCAGCACGGACAGACCGGUGGUGCUGAGGGCUCGUUGUGAGUGCACCGUGGUGGUGAGGGCAGGCGAGGUGCCAUCUCUGCCGGACCUGCGGGCUCUGCUGCGGGAGCACUUUGGGCAGCAGGCAGAGCGAGGGAAGCUGAGCUACAGACAUUCAGAUGGCAAAGAACUGGGUGCAGUUUCAGGAGAGGAGGAUCUGGGGAAGAUGUGGCAGCAGCUGACAGAUGGCAGACUGACUCUCUGCUGCCAGGACACGGACUCCCACUCGGGCAGACCCAUCCUCUACCGGAUGCUGGCUCAGCACUCGUACCUCGCACAGGGACCAGGGGACCUGGACUUCAGCAAGGGAGAUGUGCUGGAUAUUCUCUCUGAAGUGAAUGAGGACUGGCUCGAAGGAUGCUGCAAUGGCAAGACUGGCAUCUUCCCCAAAUGCUUUGCAAUCCCAACCAGUUGUGAUGCUGCCUCCCUAUAG